AUGUUUUUUCCUGUUCUGAAACUGGUGCGAUGGAUAAAGGUUUGCUUUAACUGAUUUCAAGUUUAUCAAAACAUUUUUUUUCAGAAAAAAAAUUUAAUCGAAAUAAAACUUCUUAAAAAUGGUCGCGAUGAAUAUUGGCUCAAAAACCGUGCAUUGAGUGUUUAUCUUCAAGUUUACCUCUGCAAUAUUCAUUUGUUUUUAUUUGGUUAUCGAUCGAAUGAACUCUAUCAGAAUGACAAAGUUCAUCAAGUUAGUUAACAAUUCCAUUCCGUAUUUUAUCAUAAUUAGGAAGCCUUCUGAUUUUGCCACGAGUCAUUUUUUGAUCAAAAAACUUGAAAUUUUUCAUGAAUUCAAUUGUAAUUCGUGUGUUCAACAUCUUACGAGAACAUUUAAUUCAGAAAAUUAAUUAAAUAAGUUUUUUUUCAAAAUUUUAUCGUUGAGUUCAUCCAUGGCAAAAUUAGGAAGCCUUCAUGAUUUCGCCACGACUCAUUUUUUGAUCAAAAAACUUAUAUUUUUUAAAAAUAUUCGUCCAAAAAAAUAUUUUUUAUUUGCAGAAAACAAUUUGA